AUGGAAGUUGCAAGCCAACAUGUGGAUAAGAAGAAUGAGACUCCAUGUCCGUGCAUGAAGUGCCAGAAUAUGAAUUGCCAUUCUCUUCCGGUUGUGCAAGCACAUUUAUGGCAGUAUGGGAUGUCAGUGGUGUAUCACACAUGGAUAUACCAUGGGGAACAAUUCGAGAUAACAAGACAAGCUUCACCUCCUGCAACUGCUCAAGAGGCACCUCGUCUUGAUGAUUAUACGCAUAAUAUUUUGAAUGAUGCAUUCCCACCAGACUUGGGAGUUGUAGAUGAUACAUUGGGGGACAAUGAAGAUGUGAGGGAUGAUACCGAUAUGCAUAGGGUUGAGAUGGAUAAGUAUGACAAGUUGAUUGCUGAAUCUCAGCAACAAUUGUUUCCCGGUAGCAAUGCAUCAGUUUUGACAGCAAUGGUACAAUUCAUGCAUGCGAAGGUACUUCAUCAUUGGAGCAACAAGUCAUUUGAUCAAAUGUUACAAAUACUCAGUGCUAUUUGUCCGCAGCCUCAUAGCAUUCCUCCAUCAUUCUAUGCUGCUAAUAAGAUGUUGAAAGAUUUGGGUUUGGGGCAUGAAAAAAUUGAUGCAUGUAUUUACGAUUGUGCUUUGUUUUACAAAGAGCAUAAAAGUAAAGAUAAAUGUCCAGUGUGUGAUAAGCCUAGGUAUAAACCUAGUACUAGUAAAAAGAAAACAGUGGUGCCCCAAAAAGUGUUGCGAUAUAUUCCUCUAAAGCCGAGAUUACAGAGAUUGUUUAUGUCUGAACAUACAGCAGGUCACAUGCGUUGGCAUAAGGAUAAACGAGUUGAUGAUGAAGGUGUUAUGAGGCAUCCAGCAGAUUCUAUUGCUUGGAAGGAGUUUGAUAAGAUGUACCCUGAGUUUGCCGAAGAGCCACGAAAUAUCAAGUUAGGCCUUGCAACUGAUGGGUUUAACCCAUUCGGGAAUAUGAGCACAUCUUAUAGUAUGUGGCCGGUGAUGGUGGUUCCUUACAAUCUACCUCCUUGGAUGUGUAUGAAACAACAGUAUUCAAUAAUGACUUUGCUUAUUCCAGGCCCAAAGGCACCAGGCAAGGAGCUGGAUGUGUAUUUGCGUCCUUUAAUUGAUGAGCUAAAAGAGUUGUGGGAAGAAGGUGUUCAAACUUAUGAUAAGUUUACUGAUACAAGGUUUAACAUGCGGGCAGCUGUAAUAUGGACAAUCAAUGACUUUCCCGCUUAUGGGAAUUUAUCCGGUUGGAGUACAAAAGGUUACAAGGCAUGUCCCGUAUGUCUUGAGGAUACAACAUCUACCAAGCUGAGAAAUAAAAUUUGUUAUAUGGGGCACCGUCGCUACUUGAAAAAGAAUCACCCUUGGCGUAAGGAUUCUGAAAAUUUUGAUGGAACUAUUGAGAUGAGGGAUCCCCCAAGAGAAUUCUCUGGUGAUGACUUAUUACUUCAGUUUAAUCACCUUGUGCAUCGUAAGCUUGGUAAACAUCCUGAAAAUUUGGAGAGAAAGAGAAAGCGGACACCUAUGGAGUUAAAUUGGACAAAUAAGAGUAUUUUUUUCGAAUUGGAGUAUUGGUCCAAGUUGAAAAUAAGACAUAACUUGGACGUAAUGCAUAUUGAAAAGAAUAUAUGUGACAACAUUGUUGGAACGUUGUUGAGCAUAGAAGGAAAAACAAAAGACACACCCAAUGCUCGUUUGGAUUUGAAAGACAUGAAUAUACGAAGGAAUCUGCAUUUAGAUAAAGAUGAAAAUGGCAAGAUAAAGAAGUAUGCUGCAGAAUAUACAUUAGAACCGGCUGAUCGUCGAGCAUUUUGUGAAUUUUUGAAGUCUAUAAAAUUUCCGGAUGGUUUAUGCUGCUAA